AUGCCGCCCGACAACACCGGCAGGAUCUACUCGGCCACCUACAGCAAUGUCCCCGUCUACGAGUUCAAUGUCGACAGCAACCAUGUCAUGCGCCGCCGCGCCGACGACUGGAUCAAUGCAACCCACAUCCUAAAGGUCGCCGACUUCGACAAGCCUGCCCGCACCCGCAUUCUCGAGCGCGAGGUCCAGAAGGGCGUGCACGAGAAGGUGCAGGGCGGAUACGGCAAAUAUCAGGGCACCUGGAUUCCUCUUCACGAUGGUCGCAUGCUCGCCGAGCGCAACGGCAUUCUCGACAAGCUUCUGCCCAUCCUCGACUACGUUCCCGGCGACAGGAGUCCGCCGCCUGCCCCCAAACAUGCUACCGCUGCGUCGUCAAGACCCAAGGCUGCGCGCCAGAGCAUGGCUCGACGGGCGCCCGUCGCUUAUCCUGCCCCCAGCCAAGUGAGCGAAGAUAUUUACGAACGAGAAAGCAUCCAGUACGCCGACGAGGAAACGCCCGACAACGUUACAAUCGCCGAGUCCGAGUUGGAGGAGCACGAUCUGUUGCAUGGCGUUCACUACUCACAAGGAGGACGCAAGCGGAAGCGUGAUGUGGACCAGCCGUCUGCGCAAGAUCGCGCGCACCAGAUCUGGGCGGAUGCUUUGUUAGACUACUUCAUGCUUCUGGAAUCAGAGGAUCGCUUCCCUGCACCACCAGAGCCGCCGCCAGGUGUCAACCUGGACCGCAUGAUAGACGAAAAAGGCCACUCAGCCAUGCACUGGGCGGCUGCCAUGGGCGACGUGGACGUAGUGAAAGACCUCAUCCGCCGUCAAGCACGCAUCGACUCCCUGUCUAACAACCUCGAGACGCCCCUCAUGCGUGCAGUCAUGUUCACCAACAACUACGACAAGAACACGAUGCCCCAGAUGAUCAAGAUUCUGCAGCCAACCGUUGUGCGCACUGACUGGUUCGGCAGCACCGUCUUCCAUCACAUUGCCGCCACCACAAGCAGCAAAAACAAGUACGCCUGCGCCCGUUACUAUUUGGACUGCAUCAUCAACAAGCUCAGCGAGACUUGGAUCCCCGAGGAAGUCACUCGCCUGCUUAACGCCCAGGACAAGAACGGUGACACCGCCAUCAUGAUAGCUGCACGACAUGGCGCAAGGAAAUGUGUCCGUGCUCUGCUUGGUCGUAAUGUUGCCGUUGACAUUCCAAACCACCAGGGCGAGACCGCCGACGAUCUGAUCCGCGAAUUGAACGCUCGCCGUCGUGACGGACGCCAUCGAGGAAUGUCCUCAUCGCCAUUUGCGCCGGACGGAAGGCUCGGCCUCAAUGGCAACACCACCUUCCCUGGGUUGCGCAACGGGAGCAACCUUCAACAAGUUGCAUCUCCGCACCAGUUCCGCAGUCAAACUGCUCAGACUUUGAUGACUAAGAUCGCUCCGACGCUAAACGAAAAGUUUGAGCAACUGGCAAGUGCGUAUGAAGAGGAGCUUGUAGAAAAAGAUGCGGAAGCGACGGAUGCCGAACGGGUAAUGCGGAAACGCCAGGCCGAAGUUGAUGCACUAAAGAGGCAGCUGAGGGAUAUGGGCAUCGCCGAGGUUGAUAGCGUGAUCGGUGACACUCUGGAGGAUCCAUUAUGGGAAGAGGAUGCGCGGCAACAAGACGAGGAGCUGGAGGCUCUUACACGGGAAGCCGAGGCGCUCAUGGAGCUGGAACAAAAGGCCGAGCUACAACAACGCAUAGCGGACGCAGAAGCUAACGGCGACGCACAACAAGAUGGCGACGACGGAAGCGAGGCCUCGAUCCGUGAAAGGCUACGACUGGCGCUCAGUCUUGAUAAUGCUCAAAAGAUACGCCGUGGCCUGGUGAAUGAGGUUGUGCAAAACCUGAGCGUUGCGGGCAUGGGUGAGCGGUCGACCGAGUAUAAACGACUCAUUACGGGAGCAUUGGGCAUCAGAGAAGAGGAUGUCGAGGGCAUGCUCCCAGAGAUAUUAAGCGAGUUAGAGGAAGCGCGGGAGCGCGAAGUGCUGGAGGCAAGCCCGGAGUAG